CCGGCGCCGAAGUAUCCACAGGCGCUUGAAAGCUGUCCGAUGGAUCUACACACGGCACACGCGAUCCGAACAUCGAAAUAGCCAGUGGUCCAGGAACGCAGCUUCCGCAAGCUCGAUCCACGCACGAUACUGACCGAUAUAUACAUAUAUACGCGCACGUAUUUAAUUCGGACAGGCACCAUCGAGUCGGAGCGACGCGUUGUCCAGUGACUUGUUAUGUGCUAUUUUGCGAGACUUUGCUGUUACCGGCGCAAAAAAUGUGACGCGAUCGCCGCGGUUGUCGUUGUUGUUUGUUUUCGGUGAUCGUUUCGCAAUGAACUGAGGGGGUGUUUUCGUUGUUCGUUUUGACGGGUGAGAGAGACUAUAGCAAAAGCCGCCAACAUGAGAAUCAAAAUGCCAGCAGUCAGGAUCGCGCAAGCAGAUGCAGACGCGGCGGAAGGAGACAGCCACCAGGAUAUCCUCACUUGCGGGAUCUGUCAAAAAUCGUUCGCCCUCUCCGACAUAGUCCGCUUCAUCCAGCACAAAAUCCAGACCUGCAACAAAGAAAAUUUCGGCCAGUGUUUCAACAAUGUUGAACGCGACAGGGACAACGAUGACGCAAACCUACCCCUGUCUACCAUUAACAGCCGAAGGCCGAGCAUAUCGGCCCCUAUCACCAGCAAGAAAAACCCUGGUAGCAGAGUUCAUACACCGCCACCCGCAAGUCCGCGUUUGCCCGCACCAAGCGACCUCUGCGUUGACGGUGCUGCUUCUUCGACGCCAAAACGGAGAGCGUCCUCCCCAUUGACUACGCCUCUGACUACGUCUUCCAGUACCGAUGACGGAGACGAUCACAAACCGAUCAUCAAGCAGGAAAGGAUCGACACGAUGUCAUCGCCCGAGGAGAACUCGCACAAGAAAUCCAGAACUGAGUUUGCUGACGCUGAAAGCAACACCACCCAUAGCGAACCCAGCAACUACGUUUGUUCCACGUGCAAAUCGCGGCUGCAUUCAGCUUGGAGGCUGGUCCAGCACGUCCAGCACUCGCACGGGAUCAAAAUAUACGUCGAGUCGUCUCCGACGUCGUCCAAAUCCAGUAACAACCAUUCGGCGAGUUCGGCUUCGAGCAGUUCCUCCGGGUGUUCCUCGGGGGCUUCGGCCGGAGCGCCGCCUCCGGCUCCCAACAUGCGACACCAUUUGUUACCGCCGCCCGAUUUGCACAACCCGUUCGGCGUCGGCGGCUUGCUCAGACUCCCGCUGCCCCCGUUGAACCACUCGAUGACUCCCGUACCGCCGGCACCGCUAUUUUCCCGGCCCGAACAUCACUAUCGCAUCGAUCAGCUGGUCAGCGAGCAGUUCAGACAUCACGGCCUCAACUUGGCGGCGGCAGCUGCGGCGGUCGCGGCCGGACAGGUGCCGCAGCCGCACGCGAACUUUCCUUCUCCAGCCGACAGAGGCGGUUCGGUAUCCAGUUUACCACCGAGAGAGAGAACCACACCGAACCAACCGUUAUCACUCGAACCACAGCUGGAUUUUUACUCACAGCGGUUGAGGGCAUUAGCAGGUACAACCAGUCCUGGGGCGGCACAGGCGAGCUCACCAAGCCCCAGGAAGCUUUCACCGCCAUUUACAAGUCCAUCGCCUUGUCAAAUGCCGCCAACUACAAUCCAAACUAACACCAGUUCGUCCAGUAGUAACGGCAAUCCGACAAAUAACAACAACAACAGUGCCAACAGCGGGAACAGUUCGAGCAGGCCGCCCAGCGCGUCGCCGCCGAAUAGCAGUGCCGACGAUAAAUUGAUAAAUACGCCGCGAUCGGCCUCCACUCCCCCGGGAAAACCGGGAUCGCCUCGCAAUUCGACGUCCGCGGACGCUGUCCACGCUUGCGACUAUUGCGGCAAAAAGUUUCGGUAUCAGAACAACCUGGAGGUGCACAGAAGAAGCCACACGGGCGAGCUGCCAUACAAGUGUUCGGUUUGCGACCAGGCGUAUUCCGGGAGCGGCAAGCUGAAGAGGCAUAUGAAGGAGCACAGGAGUCAAGAGGAUCGUGCGAGCAACGCCGGAUCCUUGGAGACGUUGGACGGCGACGACAGUGAGGAAGAGGACGAGCUCGACGACGACGACGACGAAGACGACAUCGAUGCGGAAGAGGAGGAGGCGGAGGACUUGAGCGUGCCGAGCCAGGGCUCAAAAAACUCCAACCCGCAGCCGUCACUGGUCGGCGAACUGAUGGACAAGUACGGCCUCAGCAACAUCGCGCAGUACAGCGAGGCCUACAAGCAAGCAUUGCAGGAAAGCAUGCAGGAGAGCAACUCGGCGCUGAAACUCCAGAUGGCGAGCAAGGAUCGCGACAACAACAACACCUCGCUGUCUCAGCUUAAAAUCAGGGAGGAGUUCAAGGGGCUGUUGUCGGGUCCGCCGCCCCAACCUCUGCCGCUAUUUCCCUCCUUCGACUACGAGGCGACGAAGAGACUUAAGCUGGACUUGGAGAGGAACGACUGGUGGUUAUCCGGGUUACCUAGGGAGGGCAAAGGGGUUCCAGGGCCGAGCGCCCUUCUACCCAAUCCCCUGCUGAAAAAAGAGAGCAGGCGUAACGACACGUGCGAGUUUUGCGGGAAAGUCUUCAAGAACUGCUCCAACUUGACCGUUCACCGGAGAUCUCAUACCGGCGAGAAACCGUACAAGUGCGAACUGUGUUCCUACGCGUGCGCUCAAAGUUCCAAGCUCACCAGGCACAUGAAGACGCACGGCAGAAUAGGCAAAGACGUUUACAGGUGUAGGUUUUGCGAGAUGCCGUUCUCCGUGCCGUCGACGUUGGAGAAACACAUGCGGAAAUGCGUCGUGAACCAAGGAAAGGGUCACAUGUUGGGCAGCGUUCCCAUGUUGAGCGGCGACGAAGAUUCUUCCACCAGUAUCGCGUCGAAAGAGGCAGCCACAUGACUCUUUCCUUGGAGCGGAAUACGCUUUCCGGCUCCACCACCAAGCUUAACGUACUAGUCUUGUUUGUUCGAUUUGAACCGUUUUGUUGUCGCACGGGGUGACGGUAGAGUCGAUUUCGGUUUGUUUUAUCAUUAACGAUCGAUCUGGCGUGACUCCGUUGCCCGGUUUGAGGACGGUUGACGUUUCCUAGAAACUUUGACGGCCGCGAUGUACAAUGGGCCAGGGAAACCCUAGGUGUUUGACUAAUUCAUUAUGAAUAAAAAGAAAAAAAUAUUACGAACAUCAAACUUUAAUACAAUAUAAUUAUUAUACAAGGUGUUCACAGAAAACUCUAUAUUUACAAACAGUUUUUAAUUAAAUCAUGAAACCGAUACGUAAAUAAAAUAAUAAUAAAUAGUAAAUAAUAAAAAGUUAUUUAUUUAAUAUCGAUGAAAACAAAAUAUUGUUAUCGGAUUUUUUUAAAUGUCUAAGUUUGUUUGCUUGAAAGAAACGAAAUAAGGGUUUUUAUACAUCUAAAGUAUCAUUGAGUUAAACACUUUGCUCUGUUUUGUUACAAUUUUUGCAUUAGUCGUAGCUCUAAAAAAGUUAAACCAUUGCGUCGCAAUAAAAGCGUUCUAAUUUGUAUAUUAAUAGGUCAAAACUUAUAACGAAAAAUAUUUUUCUCCGUUUCUUUUCUUUAAAAAAUAUAUUUUUUAAAUCGAACAGGUGGGAUCAAGAUUGUGUCUUACACGUAAGACCACAACAUGUUACUGUAAUACACAGAAUCAUCCCUAAACUAAACUAAAAUUGUAACAUAUUGCUUAAUAAAUUACAAACAGCCUCUUUUUGGGCUAUUUUUUUAAUAUGACUCAAAGGGAUGUAGAAUUUUUUAGGAGUAAUUUACUUAGCAUAAAAUUAGUCUCGAAACUUUACGGGCUUUCUGCAUUUUGAAUUGUGUCAAAUGCUAAUUUGUUUAAAAAAAUCCCCUCCACUUUUCACAAGGAACAAAACAAACGUUAUAAAAUUAUUGUUGCCGUUUCCAUGGUAACAAGACGACUUAAAUCGCUUGUUUUGUGAACUGUCAUGACUUAUUUAAUUAGCCUACGCUAAGGAAAACUUUCAUUGUACGAAAUGUAUCAUGGGUUCAUUUCAAUGGUUUCGACUCUCCCUGGCCCAUCGUGCGGCGGCGGCCAUUGAUGUUUCGCGUUCGGCAACUUGAACCGCGCUUGAAUUAGUUAGAUUUGUACAAACAUUUAGGUGUAAAAUAAUCCCCAACGCGCGAUUGUUGUUCUAUUUGUAACCGAUACCAAAGCAAUGUUUUUUCUUAUUAUUGAUUAUUGAGUUUAUCAUUAAUGUAUUAUAUAUUAAUUAGGUAAGUUUUGUUGAUCGAGACUGAGGGUUGUCCACGAAAUUCGCGCUUACGGGGCCGAAUUUUUCCAAUCUGCUGUACAUUCCCCAUCAUAUCAAUUUUUGGCCAGUAUGACAUAGCCUAAUGACUGUACAUAUAUUAUUUAUUAUUUACAACGUUCCCUAGAUUGUAUAUGAAAAUUGAGAAACAAUAUAAAUAUUCCAUCGAUGUGUAUAGAAUUAAUUUUUACGUAUAGAUCCAUGUUCGAAUCGGUGUUAGAGUUGUGAAUCUUAUCAUAGAAAAUUUCAGGGUCAGGCAAAUAACUUAACGUACCAGUGACGAACGGCAGUAUUUUAGAAUUUAUCCUGUUUUUUUUAUUAAUUAGUAUACGAAAAACUUGUCACUUCCCGUCAUAAUUAUACAUGUAUAGCGUAGUUCGACAGCGGACCAGGGUCUAUAAAAAGUUGCUGUAAAUGUAAUAUUUAUUGUUUCGAAUAUUUUUUAUUUAUUUUAAACAAUGUAAACGUAGCACUUGUACGGGCUACCGCGAAAGGCUAAUUAAAAAAAAGUGUUCCUAUGCUGAAUACCUAUUUCAGUGUGUAUUUAAAUUAAAUCUAUUAC